AUGGAUGGGAAACGCGAUUCGCGUAUUAUUAUUUCCAAUGAUCUCACUGCAUCUCGAGUACCCGCGUGCUUUACGAACGACAUUGACGUUCUACAAACCAACAAAACCAUAAGCAAAACCUAUCAAGUGACGAAACGUGAAGAGUUUGGACCGAAACGUCAAAGUCGACGAGAGAAAGAAGCGAUUCGGAAACGAGUGUAUCAUCAAAAAGUUAAAGACGAACGCGAUGGUCUGCGAAGAAGAGUUGACGAGCUAUCGCGACAGCUUCAAGAGCUAAAACACAACAAAGGAACAAGCUUUUCGGACAAUCUGAUCCUUUUUGACUCCGUCUGGAGAGACUUGGCUAUCGAUGAACGUGAAAAGCUGCUGCAAUCCGAGACUGAACGAGCGCAACUAUUAGCUGCUGUAGAGGCUAAAGCAUCCUGUAUUGAGGAAGUCUGCAAGCAGUUAUCAAGGGACAAACCGACUGCGAUACCUGCAAAAAGUAUACCAACUGUACGAAAAACUCGCACAAGUCCACCUUUUGAUUAUACUAUGUUUCGUGGUCAUCUUUGGAGAGUAUACGAAAGUUACGCUCUUGUUGAUGAGAUAUAUGACAACGAUUCGAUGACUGACGGUCUGCAUUCUACGGUGAAAAGACGCGAAUUGGACGGUGAAAUUGAGUACUUUGAGUACCGAAAGAAGUUUACACAGCCGUUUCAAUACAACCACACUGAACGAACUUUGUGGAAAUUGGCAAGGCUUAAUCAUCGACAGCAAGACAGGGAGGAAUUUGAGGAAGUAGCUGAUCCAAACGAUACGAUCGUUGUUAGGUUUCGCUUGGUUCAAACUUUAACGUGUGGAUCAACAGUAUCAGUUCUACAGCGAAAUGUUGUGCGUCGUUUUGUGGAGAAUAAUCGCACUGUGCACGUGUGGAAGACUCACUCUGAAGGAGAAGGUAUUUUUCGUGGAAUGCAUUCGGACGAGACAGGGUGGGUCUUUCUUCAACCGUCUUUAGAUCACGAGACGACUGAGGUAAUGAUGUGUGUUCGUCAAGCCCCGAUGAAGCUUAUUAUUUCAAAUGCAAGCGAUGCACGAAUUGAAGAGUUUCAUGAAAUAUUACAGCGCUCAGUAAGCGAUGACAUGUUUGAAAUAACAAGCGAAUUAGACAAACUAUUGCUCGAGGAUACAUUAGCAGGAAUAGAGAUCAAUCCACCGUAA